AUGUGUCAGGAUGAGAUUGCGUCUAACGGUUGGACCAGCGUUCGCAGGCAUGCUGGGACUCUCUUCGGCGACCGACCAUCCACUGUUGAACCAUUGCCCCUUUCCAUCACUGAGCUGGGAUUUCCAUCCAGCGAUGGCGUAGUGGCAAAGACGAUUAAUUAUGCCAAGGCAACUCUUCAUCCCCAAACUUUCAAUCAUUCUAUGAGAGUGUACUACUUUGGAAUGGCCAUCACCAAGCAAUAUUUUCCCAAGCAAGCGGCUGAGCUUAACCCUGUUACCUGGGCUCUUACUUGUCUACUGCACGAUCUUGGAACUGCGGAGGAAUUUUUGACCGCUACUAGAAUGUCUUUUGAUAUCUAUGGUGGCAUCAAAGCUCUUCAGGUCCUCAAGGAUUUUGGAGCCCCUACGGAUCAGGCAGAGGCUGUCUCAGAAGCCAUUAUUCGACAUGAGGAUACGGGAGUUGAUGGAGAGAUUGCGUAUCUCGGCCAGCUGAUUCAGCUCGCCACACUAUACGAUAACACAGGCAUCCACCCACAUGUCAAGAACUUUGGAAAGUUGUUGCAUCAUACAACUAUCGCUCAGAUCAAUGAAGCCCACCCCCGACUAAAGUGGUCCAAGUUUUUCUCUGAGAUCAUUCGCAAGGAAAUGACCAUUAAACCGUGGUGUCAUUCAACACACGUCGUUAACUUUGACAAUGAAAUUGAAGCUAAUCAGCUCAUGAAGGAAUGGGACUUUUGA